AUGACAGACUUCCAGACUGAUCCCGUUGAAAUGGACGGGGAAAACGGUGCGAACAACAUUGAUGGUCACGAAAAUAGUGAAGACGUUGUCGAAGCAUUCGAUGAAUCCGCGAUGGAAACUAUGGACGAUGGCGAUGACAAAGGAAAUGAUGACGAAGAUAGUCGAAAGUUAUUCGUUGGUGGAUUGAGCUGGGAAACUACAGCAAAGGAUUUAAGAGAAUACUUCUCUAAAUUUGGAGAAGUAGAACACUGUAAUCUUAAAACAGAUCCAGUUACAAAACGGUCAAGGGGGUUUGGAUUUGUCCUCUUCAAAGAAGAAGCUACAGUAGACAAGGCUUUGCUUGAAAAGGAACACAAACUUCAUGGCAGAAAUAUCGAUCCAAAGCGAGCAAAUCCCAGGGAACCUAUAAAGAAAGUAUUUGUCAGAAACCUUGAUCAGAACUUAACAGAGAAUGAAAUAAGAGAAUAUUUCGGAAAAUUUGGUAAAAUUACCAAGCUUGAGCUGCCCUUUGACAAGAUGCGGAAUCAACGCCGGAAUUAUUGUUUCAUUGAAUUUGAGUCUGAAGAAGCUGUGGACAAGAUUUGUGAAAAUGCUGGCCAUCAAAUAGGUUCUAGAGAGGCUCAGGAAGAGGAGGCUGGAACCAAGGUGGUUGGAAUCAGGGCUAUAACCAAAACUAUAACAAUUAUUAUAACCAAGGCUACUGUGGAUAUGGUGGCUAUGGCAACUGGGGUGAUUAUGGACAGAAUUAUGGAUAUGGAUAUGGAUAUGAUUAUGGUGGAUGGGGCGGCUAUGGACAAGAUCAAGGUCAACAAGCUGGCGGCUAUUCUGGCAAAGCUGCAAAGAUGUAGGAUGGGAUCGUACCAACCUGUCGAAAACUUGAGUCUGUGUACAGUCAUCAAACAUUUGAUCAUGCUAUCAUGA